CUCACGCGACUACACGAGCUAAAUUGCUACUCCUCCUUGUGUGCAGCACAAAACUAAAAUCCGCUUAGACAAAUCAAUACUUCCUCCUCCUUGUGUGCAGAAAACAGUAACUGAAAAUGGCGACUACAGGAAUGGGUUAUGGGUCUGCAUUAACCUCCCAUUUUCCCAAAUCAAAUUCACUAAUUAUCUCUCUCCUUCCAUCAAACCCAAUCAAAUCAAACACAAUCUCAAUUGUUACUCCUCAUUUUCUCUCUCCUCGCCUCAAAAUUCAAACAAAAUCUAUCAUCACUGCUGCAACAAUACCUUCCACUGGGAAAUUGGAAGAGGUUUUGCCCCCGCCUUUGGACUCUACUUCAGACCCUCCUCCAUUGUUUGAUGGCACAACAAGGUUGUAUAUUUCUUACUCUUGCCCAUAUGCUCAACGGGUAUGGAUCACCCGUAAUUGUAAGGGAUUACAAGAUGAAAUAAAGUUGGUGCCCCUUGAUCUAAAAAACAGACCUUCUUGGUACAAAGACAACGUCUACCCUCCAAACAAGGUCCCUUCAUUAGAGCACAACAAUGAAGUCAGAGGAGAGAGCCUUGAUUUGAUUAAGUUUAUUGACAGUCACUUUGAAGGGCCGUCCUUAUUCCCCAGUGAUCCUAUGAAGCAGGACUUUUCUGGUGUACUCUUUUCUUAUUUUGGCUCCUUUCAUAAAGCUGUAACUUCUUCUUUCAAGGAGGAAGGAGUAAAUGCAGAAACUGGUGCUGCCUUUGAUUACAUUGAAGAUGCUCUUUUCAAGUUCAACGAUGGCCCUUUUUUCCUGGGUCAGUUUAGUCUGGUUGAUAUAGCUUAUGCCCCAUUCUUUGAAAGAUACAUUCCCUUUUUGUUAGAUGUGAAGAAAUAUGAUGUUGCUGCUGAUAAACCUAAGAUUGCUGCGUGGAUUCAGGAGAUGGAUAAAAUCGAGGGCUAUAAGCAAACUCAAACUGAUCUGAAGUUGCUUGUUGAAAGUUACAAGAAACGUUUCUCGACCAAUGUCUAACCAGAUGAUGUAGCUAAUGGAAGGAAAUCUUGUCAAAUCAUCUCCAGAAAGCCAUCUUGAGGAAUGCAGAUUUCUUUCCAGGAUCGAUGUGAUGUACCAGUCUCUCAUCAGCUUUUAUUACUUUGCUAAAGCUAAUAUUUUUCUGAACUUCGGACUAUCAUUUGGAAAUUGGUGAUUUUCCCUUGAAGAUAUCCUUUGGCGAGGUUGCAGACUUACAGAGUUGUAUGGGAGAUACAAUCAUAUGUCAUUAACUUAGGCCAAAUCUUGCUCAAAAUCACAUGUGAAUCAAGGAUUCAAAUGUUAGUUUCAGAAUGCCUUAGACAAAAAUUUCACAAAAUUACCCACCAUCGCCAACAACUUAAUAUCAUCAUCAUUAUCAUUACCCGGGGUUGGGGGAGAGUAGGGGUUGAAUGAUGAAAUGAUGAUUUAGCACAUUUCCCACUAUCAUUAUCAUCUCCUUACUAGCUCAUUCUGAAUGAUGAUUUAGUUAGGUUGGCCCUCUCAAAUUGUUAACUUUGUUUCUUUUCUUUAUAAAAAACAAUACCCCUUUGUCCCAAAUUAGUUUUUACACUUAUCAUAACACAGAAUGUUAUGAGAUAAGUUGUUGUUUGCUUAUCAAAUAUUAUUUUAUUGAAAAAGUAGAUGUGAUAGAAAAUAGUGAAUUAUUUUCUAAAUUGAAUGUGAGAUGGUGUAGACCCUAACUUUUUGGUA